AUUCCCUCUGUUUAUUCAAUAGAAUAAGUAGGAGUAUUUAUACAAGUUAAUUACAAGAUAAAGGGUAAAAUAAUAUACAAGCCCAAAAGAUAUCUACAGCCCAUAUACAUAUAUUAACGGUCUAACACAUACCAAUAUACCAUGAUACCAGGCAUAGGCAUGUAGUUCUGCCAACUACUACAAGAGCAGGGCCCGCCAAUAGCAGGGUACCUAGCCCAAUUCACUCGGCCCCCCAAAUGUUGAAGGCCCAAAAUCACUUAGGAAAAAUUGACAAGAAUAAUCCCACCUUUCACUGGUCUUCUCAUAAUAAUCCCACCUUUACAUAAUCCCAAAAUAAUCCCACCUUUGCACUCCAUCUUCUUUCAUUGGACCAUGACCAAGUUUUUUACCUUUAUUUAAAAAUCAUAUAUAAAUAAUCUCACAUUUAUUAAGAUAUAAUAGAAAAGUAAAAGAUGAGAUUAUUUAUAUGAUUCUCAAAAAAAGAGUAAAAAACAUGGUCAGGGUCCAAUGAAAGAAAAUGAGGUGCAAAGGUGGGAUUAUUCUGGGAUUAUCUAAAGGUGGGAUUAUUAUGAGAAGACCAGCGAAAGGUGGGAUUAUUUUUGUUAAUUUUUCCAAUCACUUAUUAGUAGUACUCCGUGUUAGUUAGCUGCCAGCCCAGGUCCAAGCAAAUAUAGAAGAGAAAGCCGGAAGACGGCCCUGGUUUUGGCGCAGACUGCAGCCAGGACCGACGACACCUCCACCCUCGAAUCCUCGAUCGCCGCCAGCCCGCCACCGCGCCACUCCUCCCGGAGUCCAUGGUCCACGCCUGACGCCUCCGCAGUCGCAGCGUCUCACCGUCGCACGGCUCGCUGAGUCGCUGGAGACCGGAAUCGACGCCGGCCGCCCAGCUGAGUGCCUGUCUGCCUCACAGCCCUCACUGUCUGAGUCGCUUGAACGGCUGAAGAGUGAAGAUUGAAUGCCUCCGGCAGAACUUCAUCCAUUUCAGCAGAUUCGCCGGAUUUGCCAAUUUCAGCUCUACGGCAGUGUACGGCCCUUCAAUGGUCCAACAUGCUAGGAACUUGGAUGCAAUCCGCAGAAAAGAUCUCAGGACGAAGAAACAGUUCACAAUUUAGCAUUAACAAUGUUUCCCGAGAUCGAUGUUUCUUGAGGUGAUGAACAAUAUUAGGCUGCAUCGUUUUAAUUUUGUGAAUAAGUCCACACAGCUAAGCUGUAAACCCCAAACUCUUGCAAAUCCAGCUGCAAGAAGCUCGCAGAAAUCUGAUUUUGCUUAUAAAAACCGAACCUUGGGCUGUCUAUCAAACACUAGCUCCCUAGAUGAGGACUGCGGCAUGCUCAACAAAAUGCAUAAGAAGGAUGAAAAUGCGUGGAAUGCAAUGAUUUCGUCCUAUGCAGAAGCAGGGAGGCUUGCUGAAGCAAGACAUCUCUUUGAGGAAGCUCCAAAGAAGUCUGUCAUCACUUGGUCGACACUAAUUUCUGGGUACUCUAAACACGGGUUUGAAAGUGAAUGCUUUGAGCUGUUUUGGGCGAUGCAGAAAGAUGGGAAGAGGCCAAGGGGUUUCACGCUUGGCAGCAUUCUAAGGAUUUGCUCUCAGAAGUGUUUGCUUUCUAGAGGUGAACAGAUUCAUGCAUAUUCAAUAAAGACUUGGUUUGAUCAAGACGUCUUUGUUGGUACAGGUCUUGUAGAUAUGUAUGCAAAGUGUAUGUGUGUUAAGGAAGCAGAAUUUGUAUUUAGCAUGAUCUCAAGUGGGAAAAAUCAUGUUACCUGGACUGCAAUGGUUAAUGGGUAUUCUCAGAAUGGCAAUCCUUCAAAAGCUAUUCAGUGCUUUUGGGGAAUGAGAGAAGAAAAUAUUAAUGCCAACCAGUAUACCUUCCCUAGUGUUCUCUCUUCUUGUUCCGCACUAUGCGACUUAAGAUCAGGGGUUCAAGUUCAUGCCUGUGUUCUUCGCGGCGGUUUUGGUUCAAAUUUGUUUGUACAGAGCGCAUUGGUGGAUAUGUAUGCCAAAUGUGGAGAUUUAUCCAGUGCAAGAAAAGAGUUGGAGUCCAUGGAAGUUGACCACGCCGUUUCUUGGAAUGCCAUGAUACUCGGGUGCGUUAAACACGGAUGUCCUCACAUUGCAUUGUCAUUGUUUAGUGACAUGCUUUCUAGACACAUAGACAUAGAUAAUUUCACAUACCCUUCCGUUCUCAACUCUCUUGCUACCACAAAGGACGUGAGAAAUGGAAAGUGUGUCCACUCUUUAAUAAUCAAGAGCGGUUAUGACAGUUACAGGCUUGUUUCUAAUGCCGUUGUAGACAUGUACACGAAACAAGAAGAGCUAAUUUAUGCAAAGGAAGUGUUUAAAGGAAUAAUGGACAAAGAUGUGGUUUCAUGGACAUCUCUAGUCACUGGAUAUGCUCACAACGGGAUGCAUGAAGAAUCUCUAUUGUUGUUUCGUGAGAUGAUGUCCGCUGAUGUCACUCCAGAUGUGAUCAUCUUCUCCAGCAUUUUGAGUUCGUGUGCAGAAAUUGCUGUUCUUGAUUUAGGGCAACAAAUCCAUGCGAACUAUAUUAAAUCCGGCCUCAAUAUGUCUGAAUCGGUUGACAACUCUCUUGUGACAAUGUACGCUAAUUGCGGGUCUCUAGAAGAUGCUGACCGCAUUUUUUACUCCAUGCAUUCGCGUAGUGUGAUUACAUGGACUGCCAGAAUAAUCGGUUAUGCCCAAAAUGGAAAAGGGCAAGACUCGGUAAGAUUCUAUGACUGUAUGAUAGGAGAAGGGGUAAAACCAGACUUCAUUGCCUUUAUAGGUUUGCUCUUUGCUUGUAGUCGUGCUGGUCUUGUUGAGCGUGGAAGGUCAUAUUUUGAAUCCAUGGAGAACAUUUACGGGAUAAAGCCGGGCCCCAGCCACUAUGCAUGCAUGAUAGACCUUUUAGGGCGGUCGGGGAAGAUGCAAGAGGCUAUGGAGUUGCUUACCACGGGAAAAGAUUUGGAACUGGACGCGACUGUGUGGAAGGCAUUACUAUCUGCAUGUGGGGUUCAUGGAAACAUCCAGGUAGCCGAGAAAGCUGCAACCAUGCUGUUCAAACUGGAACCAGUAGAUGCUGCCCCUUACAUAAUGAUGUCAAACAUAUAUUCAGCAGCUGGAAAAUGGGGAGAUUCUUCAAGAAUCAGAAGAUUGAUGAUGGUGAGCGGGGCCCGCAAGGAACGUAGCUAUAGCUGGAUCGAGAAGAACGGCGUGGUGCAUAAGUUCUUAUCAGGGGACAGAACCCAUCCGAAAACUGAUGAGAUUUUCUUAAAGGUGAAUGAUGUUCUGAGUUUGAUCAAGGAGGCUGGAUAUGUUCCUGACAUUAAAUGUUCUCUUCAUGACAUCAAUGAAGAGAGUAGGCUGCAGAACCUUGCUUACCAUAGUGAGAAGUUGGCUGUCGCGUUUGGGCUUCUUUAUUUGCCGAAAGGAGCAGCGAUUAGGGUAUACAAGAACCUAAGGGUUUGUGGGGAUUGCCAUACUGCAAUGAAGUUUAUUUCUAAGGUGUUCCAACGCCAUAUCAUUCUCCGAGACUCCAAUUAUUUUCACCAUUUUAGAUUAGGUACGUGUUCUUGUAGAGAUUAUUGGUAGGCUUUAGCAAGUUGAAUUGUUUUUGUGUCUAAAUACACCUAGAAAAGAAAAGAAAAAUUACAAUGUUGUGUCCACUGUCUCUUUGAGUUUGGCAAACGCCUUGUACAGUUAGCUAGGUGGGGAAACUAUAGCCAUCGUAAAAAGACGUACAAAGGUUUGAUAUUUUGUAAGAUUAUAUUUGUUCUUUUGGAGUUGGACCAAAUAAUAUAAAAUUAUUUUCAUGUGUUCUCA